GGGCCUUCGUCUUGUUUUUUGAAAGUGCUGACGUGCGUCGGGUCUGGCUGAGAAUCACGAGACCACGGCCACACCACCGCGGUCAUCAUAGUCUUUGGUGUCUUCAGGUCUUGGUGGUCUGUAAAAGAUGAAGAUGCAACGACCAGUUACAAUACUGUUCAUGAUGUGAAGCGCUCGCUUUUCAUCAUUCAGUUCGUUCUGCAGGGGAAAACUUGCAUUCAGAGCGGCAAGCAAUCUUCGCAGGAGAAUUUUGGCCACCUCACGGUUGCAGAGUGAGAGAUCGAGAGGAUAGUGUCCGAUCGCUAGGAAGGCAGAAAGACCGCUAGGGUUCAGUGAUUUCUCCAGAUUUGUAGAGCACUGCGUGCGAAGGAUUCCCGUUCAGGAUGAAGGUGGCAAUGAUUCUAUUAAUCUUGUCGUGCGUCCUGUUCAGCACUGGCUGGGCGCAUCUGUGCUUGCUGGAACCAAAGCAGCGAGGUCCGCUGGACGUGUCCGAGCCCGGCAGCCACACAUGCUUUCGCCAUGGCGAGCAGUGCGGAGGUGAAGCGGCUGGUGCCGUCGCAGCACACUUCACCGUAGGACAAACUGUCUUCAUCAAGUGGCAGCAGAACUUCAACCACUACGAAGUGGGCCAUCCAGGCUACAUGGACAUUGCCAUAGCGACGUCGGAAAACUCCACCGACUUCACGUUCCUGGCCGGUUUCGGUGAUAUAAAUUGGCACCAGCAGAGUCACCAGCAGAACUACACGGUACCGGUGGUGAUGCCGGACAUUGAGUGCGAGCAUUGCGUCAUACGGGCGCGCUAUCUGGCACACAAGCCAGGCGAGACCGUCUUCUACCAGUGCAGUGACGUGACCGUCCGUCGAGCCAGGCCAAAUGACGAAAUGGCCACCAGCCGACAGCGAGUACCCAAGAUCGGCAAGUGGCGUGAGGUGUCCGAUUUCAUUGAGAAGCACAAUGCACACCUGGACGGAAAGCGCACGGUUGCCAAGGCAAACGCUGAUACCAGUGGACUGUAUGGUCUAACGUGCAAUGCAUUUCAAAAUCCUCACAGCUGUGGAUUCGUGCGCAUUGAUGCAGAGACCGGAAUCGUCGGCAAGAUCGGCUCGGAGAAGUUUGGCGUGGAUGCAGCUGGCCCGCUACCCAGUGACAAUAACCCCGGUGACUACAUACUAGAUCAGGUUGUAGCCUAUGCUGGCGAGAACCUCGUCUACUACCUUGUUCACACGGGAACGGUGGACGACAAUAGCCAAAGCGUGAUUGCCGUCAGGACUGACAGCGGCAGUGCUCUGGAAACCUACCCAUUGACCGUCGGUGAGCCAGUGAAUGCCAUGCUCAUGACUGGCUCGGAGGUGGUCACACUGCAGAUCUACCGCAACACGAUCAAGACGGAUUCAUUCGACUUCCACUGGUCCAAGGUAGACCUGCAGACGGGCGUGCUUACCAAGUUCUUCCAGCCGGCCAAGCCCGAAGAUCUCUACAUCAACUAUCUGUGGAGCACGUACGACACCAAGAACCACAUUAUCUACUACCUGAUGGGCAACGAGAAUGCACCGUACGACCUGAACGCUCGCCUCUACGCCGUCAGCCUGAUUGCGGGCGCGGCGGAGAUUGCACCCGUCGAGCUCAACGUCACCAGAUACACGAUGGGCAGCAUUGAGUACGACUCGGCCAGCGAUCGCCUGGUAGCCAUAUCGCCAGGGCUGUACACGGAGGGCUCGCCGUCAUGGCACAUGGUGGAGGUAAAUCCACGUACAGGUGCAGUCUCAACGAUCUGUCAGAUCGCACCUGCCGGACUAUUCAAGGGAGACUACACCGGAGGAAUCUUCUUCGGUGAUCAGUCGACGUCCACGUUCUACGUCCGCCUGAGAGCCAUGACCGAAGGCCCACUCCAAGCGGAAGUGUUUGCCAGCGUCACCCUGCAUGGUGCGGCCAGUUGCACUGUGAGGUUCUCACGACUCGGAAACUACUACCACAUCCACAACUUGGCAUACCUCAGAUCCAGGUCAUAAGCACCAACUCUCAUGGACAAGAAGACUUAGUACAUUCAUGUAGAUCUGUAGAAGCAACGUAUGUUACGUCACGCUUCUACUCAGAUCACAUGAUCCCCUAGGAAUAUACUACUUUGAACAAUUUACCUUCCGAUGAUCAUGAACCAAUUUUAGGAAAAUCCCUGUCCCUGUAAGAUCUUAGUACAGGCUUGUCCUCAGACCUGGGUUUCUUGUUUCCCGGGGCGGCGAUGGACGUAACUAUGCUUACCCAACCACCCGUAUCCUACGAAUUCAGUACUGCAUAGCAAUGGUUCUUCAUAUCGAUUUGAGAUCGCUACACGUAGCAUUAGCGAACGAUAGUGAAGUUUCACAAGGGAGCAAACUGAGAAGAUCAACACUAGACGAACCCGUCUCAAGACGUA